AUCAGUCCCUUUUCUAUUAGUUAAAGAUACGGAACAUCGGCAAGAACGGGGAAAUAUUUGGACGAAAGACUGCACCUCUGGAUUAACCAGCGAUGUCUUUCGUAAUUAUGGCAUGAGUGAGAUGAUACGCCACUUCAAAGCUUCCGUGCGUUAUAGUAAACAUUUUAUCUUCCCGCUAUUGUUGAAUCUUCUAGUGUACAGGCGUGCAUCGUUGAGAACUGCGCAGAAAUGCACGCUGAAUGUGAUGAAGCAGGGCGUAAUUUAUUUCGUUGAACCAUUAAUAUCUCACAUUUUAUUAGGGGCAAGUUGUAAUUUAUAUUGAAAUGCCUGUAUUGUUUAUAUAACUGGAUUUUCUCUGUCAUGUUAAAAGCCUUGCGCAGUGCAGUAAAAGAGGUCUGCGUUUCGUGUUUUGGAUUGCGAAUGUGAUCUCUAAACGGUUUUGGCUGUGCAUUACCUAAUCAGUUCACAUUCGAUAGGAUUUCCAUUCCCUGCAGAUACAUCAGUUUCUGUAUUGAUAUACUUUAAAUGUUAGAAGCUCUUGCCAAGCGGUAAGAGCCCCUCUCCUAGGUUACAGAUGAGAGGCAAACAAUAUCAUCAACAACUGAAGUUGACAGCACCUUGGGAAAAGGAUGCUAGUUACGGGAGGAAGCUCAAAUCGUACAGGAACCAUACCAAGAUAAUAGCCCAGCCCGGAAUCGUAAUGAAAGUUCUACGCAGAAAACGGAUUGUGCUGUUUAUAGCCUAUUUUUUGCUGCUGGUCCUGACGAUGCUGAACUUGGCCAACUACAAAUGGACUAAGGAGCCUCAACAGUGCAAUCACCAGAUGAGGAGCACCACUUACCAGAGCAGAUCAGACAUCCGCUUCCUCUACAGACCCUCUCUGGCUAAAAAGAGACAGCUGGUGUAUGUUCUGACCACCUGGAGGUCGGGCUCCUCUUUUUUUGGGGAGCUUUUUAACCAAAAUCCCGAAGUGUUCUUCUUGUAUGAGCCCAUGUGGCACAUAUGGCAGAAACUUUACCCAGGUGACGCUGUGUCUUUACAGGGAGCGGCCCGGGACAUGCUCAGCUCCUUGUACCGCUGUGACCUCUCUGUUUUCCAACUGUACAACAGCCCCGGGGGGAAGAACUUCACUUCCUUGGGUCUGUUCGGUGCAACACUCAAUAAAGUGGUGUGCUCCUACCCCCUCUGCUCUGCAUACAGGAAGGAGGUGGUAGGAAUGGUGGAUGACAAGGUGUGUAAAAAGUGCCCCCCACAAAGCCUUAGACUUCUGGAGGAGGAAUGCCUCAAGUACAACACCAUAGUCAUCAAAGGGGUGCGCAUUUUGGACGUGAACGUUUUGGCCCCACUCAUGGAGGACCCUUCUUUGGACUUGAAGGUGAUCCACCUGGUACGUGACCCCAGGGCAGUUGCGAACUCCAGGAUCAAAUCCAGGCACGGCCUUAUCCGGGAGAACCUGCAGGUGGUCCGAAGCCGGGACCCUAAACUGCGAAGGAUACCGUUUGUGGACCCCAACCACAAAGUCAACAAGAAGGACGGUGCGGACUACCACUCCAUAGGAGCCAUGGAGGUGAUCUGCGACCGUACCUCCAGGACCCUGAGGACUGCCUUAAACCCCCCCAGCUGGCUCAAAGGGAAGUACAUGGCGGUUCGUUACGAGGACCUGGUGGAGAGCCCCGUGAAGACCCUGAGGAACAUCUACCGCUUCACCAACCUGACCGGCAACCACGACAUCGAGACGUUCGCCUUGAACAUGACCAGCGGCUCGAGUUCCUCCUCCAAGCCGUUCAUCGUGUCUUCCCGGAACGCCACCCAGGCGGCGAGCGCGUGGAGAACGGUUCUAAGCAUCCAGCAGAUCAAGCAGGUGGAGGACUACUGCCACCACUCAAUGUCUGUGCUCGGCUACGAACGCGUACGAACAGCAGGAGAGGCCAAGGACUUGAGUAAAUCUUUACUGACUGUUUCGAAACUGUGACAGAGUUCCCCACCAAAGACAAUUAAUUUGAUUUUGUAUUUUCUCUUCCUCUUUUUUUUUUUGCAUCGAGUGCCGUUUUCCGUUCAUUGUGGAACUAAAGCUUUACUUUGAAUCAGUGUUUGGAGUACUGCCGAGCCACACUUGGAAUGUAUUUUUGUUUGUUUCCAUUGAAUUGCGGGUGGUGUUUGAAGGGACCACAACUUUUGUAUCUGGAUAACUGGAUGUGUUCAACAACGCAAGGCCUAUGAACAAUGACUUGAACAUGAAAGCUGCAACUAAACAACUGUAUAAUUCCUGUAUCUUGUUAUGAUAACACUUCAAAUUGGAUGUUUAUGGGGUUAUUUUGAAUGUUAAAAACCUCAGAUUUUUGGGUUUACCAGUAACCUUAUUGUCUGUACAAGUGAUAAUAGUGGAUGGGAUAAAAAGACAAAAAAAAAGAAAUACAUGAGUUUAUUCUUUGAAAAGGUUGUGUUCU